AUGGGAGCCGCAGCCAGUACUCCCUCCGUUCCUCCUGCGGAGCAGCCUGCGGCAACAUGCCCUGUUGACCAUAAGACUCGUGAAGUAUGGCUGCAACAGAAUGGCAAGGCGCCUCAUCCUCCGAACUCCGAUACACCCGAACAGCCACAAACUUCAAGGUCUCAACGUCCACUAUCAACAGAUCGAGAAGUGAGCACUAUUCCCCGCGCAGGUGAUUUCAGCGCUCAGGGUGCCUGCCCUGAAGCUAACAAGGGCGCCCCAUCCCCAUACGCUGCAUCGCAUGGCACCCCGUCAAAUGCCGAAGCCGAGACUGGUCACGAUCAAGCCAGUGGAAAUUGGAUUUAUCCUUCUGAAAAGCAAUUCUUCGAGGCACUGAUGCGCAAGGGAAACACACCCGGCUCUACCGAAACCGCCACUGAACUCGCAACGUCCGUGGCCUCUAUCAUCCCAAUCCACAACGCCGUCAACGAGCGCGCAUGGGACCAGAUUCUUGACUGGGAAAAGAAGGGUCCUUCUGCAGACCCUGGAAGCAAAAAAUGUGGAGGGCCGAAGCUCUACUCGUUCCGUGGCUUGGGAGUCGACCCCCAGUACCUGAGCCCGCGUGCGCGGAUCAAUGGAUGGCUCGGCUACCAGCAUCCAUUCGAUCGACACGACUGGGUCGUGGAGCGCUGCGAUGGCGAGAGGAUUGAAUAUGUUAUUGAUUUCUAUCAAGGCAAGCCAUCUGGCCAUGGUACCUCUGGCCUAGCAGCCAAUGCUGGCCCAGGGAAACUCAGCUUCUUCCUGGAUGUGAGGCCCAAGCUGAACACUUACGAGGGCUGGAGACUGAGGUUCAACAAAUUCACAGGCCUAUGA